AUGAAUAAUUUUAAUCAUGUAAUAAAUGGAUUUUAUAAGCCUGAUAUGUACUAUACAAAUCCUGAUAGUUUAUACAUUUCAUUUUACAAUUGGAAUAAACUAAAUGAAGCUGGAUUAGUCUCCGAAAACGAAUAUUGCAAAGGAAAGAAUGAUUACGGCGACGGUGGAAUUAUAUACGGUUUAUAUUUAGCACACAAUAUCAUUCUAACUCCUGAUGGUAUUUUAAAAGAAAAGAAAACAUUUAAAGGUUAUUUUAAUGAUAAGAUAAGUGUAGACGAUAACAUUCAGUUGGCAAAUGGACAUGAUGUGUCGAAUGAAUUUACGAAAAGAUGGGAAAGGAUUUUCACCAAUGGAAUCGUUACUUCAAAGGAUGAGGAUAAACAAAAUAAAGUUUUUCGAAGUUAUUUGAAUCAUGUAAAGAGAGAACAACCAAAUAGUGAAGGAAUCAUGUAUCCUUAUCGUGAUAAAGAUGAAUUGAGUUUGGAUGAAAACUAUGAAUUUGAUGAUUUGGAUUAUUUAACUAUUCAAGAAGAGAAUGAAGAGUCUUUAUUGUUUUGUUUUUAA